GGCGCAUCGCUAAGUCUCCGAUUUUAAGAAGCGCCUCAGGAGAGCGAUCCUACUUAUUUCACAGAUUUGAAAAGAGCCUGGGAAACUGAAUGUAAACGGGGACAGUUGUGAAUGCAGUUUUUAUACGAUGGCAUCUGCCGGUAGAUCGCAUUCUUUAAAGCUAGCGCUUUUCUUUUUCUUCACGUUUACCCACGUUGCAGCUUUUAACCUUGAUACUGAGAAUGUAAUCAGGAAAAACGGAGAGCCGAACAGUUUAUUCGGAUUUUCUCUGGCCAUGCAUAGGCAAUUAAAACCUACUGAGCGGAGAAUGCUGCUCAUUGGAGCUCCUCGGGCCAAGGCCUUGUCCAAUCAGGGAGCCAACAUAACCGGAGGUUUAUACAGCUGUGAUGUCACCACCCAGUCCAACGAUUGCAAACGCAUUGAGUUUGACAAUGAGGUGGAUCUGAAUUUGGAGUACAAGGAGGAUCAGUGGAUGGGUGUCACAGUACAUAGCCAGGGACCUGGGGGGAAGAUCGUGACCUGUGCCCACCGCUACCAGCGGAGGCUGUUUGUGAACACAGCCCAGGAGUCUAGUGACAUCAUGGGCCGCUGCUAUGUCCUCAGCGAGGACCUCAGCAUUGACGAGCACUCUGAUGAGGAUGGCGGCAACUGGAAGUUCUGCGAGGGCCGAUCCAGGGGUCACGAGAGGUUUGGGUCCUGCCAGCAGGGUGUAUCUGCCACCUUUACCAAGGACUUCCACUAUGUGGUGUUUGGAGCUCCUGGUGCCUACAACUGGAAAGGGAUUGUGCGAGUAGAGCAAAAGAACAACUCUCUGUUGGAACAGGGUAUUUACGAUGACGGGCCCUAUGAAGUUGGGGAUGAGAACCAGUUGAACACUGAACUUGUGCCAGUGCCAGCUAACAGUUACUUAGGCGUGCUGUUUAUGACAACUUUGUCUGAUGCCAACCCUGAUCAGUUUGUGUACAAGUCGCUCCCCCCGCAGGUUAACUGGGAGAAAGUUCUUGAUGUCAUGGCCAAUAGCUAUUUAGGCUUCUCUCUGGACACUGGCCACAACAUCACCAAAAAGGGCCAUCUGACCGUGGUGUCUGGGGCUCCCAGAGCCAAUCACAGUGGAGUGGUGGUUCUGCUGAGGAAAGACGCAAAGGCCCCUAACAUGCUCUCUCCAGAAUACAUUCUGGAAGGCCCAGGAUUGGCAUCCUCCUUUGGUUAUGAUGUGGCUGUGGUGGACCUCAACAAAGACAGUUGGCAGGAUAUUGUGGUGGGAGCCCCACAGUUCUUUAUGAAAGAUGCAGAAGUUGGUGGAGCAGCAUAUGUUUACAUCAACAAGGAAGGGAAGUGGGACACUAUUGUCCCAAUCCAGCUCAAUGGAACCAAAGACUCAAUGUUUGGGCUGGCAGUUGAGAACAUCGGGGACGUGAACCAGGACUCGUAUAACGACAUUGCGAUUGGAGCCCCUUAUGAUGAUGCUGGUACAGGAAAUGUCUAUAUUUAUCAUGGGUCUCCCGAAGGGAUCAAAACCAAGCCAUCACAGGUUCUUCAAGGAAAAAAUCACAAUAUCCAAUUAUUUGGAUACUCUCUGGCCGGAAACAUGGAUCUGGACAAGAAUUCUUAUCCGGACCUUGCUAUAGGAUCUCUCUCAGAUGCAGCAUUUAUUUAUAGGGCAAGACCGGUGAUUAGUAUUAAGAAGGAGCUAAAAGCCAACCCUACGCAAAUUGAUUUGACCAAGAAAACAUGCGGUAACAGUAUAUGCUUGACGGUGGAAGCAUGCUUUACUUACACAGCAAAUCCCAAAUCUUACAAUCCCAAGAUCACCAUUGCCUACACCUUCGAGGUGGAAUCCGAGCGGAGAAGGCUGGGACUGACCUCUAGGGUUACCUUUCUUAAGAAGUCCGCCAGGGAGCCAGACUUUCUGUUCAGUGGGACGCAGGACCUUCGAAUUAAGAAUGGGAAGGAGUGUGUCCAAGCCAAGCUACAGCUGCAGGACAACAUCAAGGAUAAACUGCGGAGCAUUCCCAUUGAGGUGUCAGUGUCCAUCCAAGGUAUAAAACGCAAGGAGAGACAAAACUCUCUCCCGGAGCUGGUUCCUGUCCUUAACUUGAAUCUGCCAGACAAGGCCAUCAAGGAGGUCAGCUUUUUAAAGGAAGGCUGUGGAACUGACAACAUCUGCCAGAGCAAUUUGCAGUUGGAUUACAAAUUUUGCUACAGAGAGCCCAAUCAGGAUGUUUUUCCUGCUCUGCCUAGGCAAAAUGGGGUACCAGUGAUAUCCCUCAGUGAUCAGAAAGACAUCGCUUUGGAAAUCACAGUGAAGAACAGGAAUGGGGAUGACGCUCAUGAAGCCAAACUGGUCGGCACCUUCCCCAGCUCCCUGUCGUAUUCUGCCUUUCGCUCACAGAAGACUGGGGUGAUCUGUGCAGCCAAUCAGAAUGGGUCACAGACAGAGUGUGAGCUGGGAAAUCCAUUCAAAAGAGAUUCAGAGGUUACAUUCUAUGUUAUACUGAGCACAGCUGGCAUUUCCCUGAACACUACAGAGGUUGAAAUUGACCUUCAGCUUGAGACGACUAGUGAACAGAAGAACCUGGGCAUUGUGAAGGCCAGGGCCAGAGUAAUAAUUGAGCUGCUUCUAUCAGUCACAGGAGUGGCCAAACCUUCCCAGGUCUACUUUGGUGGUGUCGUGAAAGGAGAAAGUGCCAUGAGAUCUGAGGAUGAGAUCGGCAGUUUAGUUGAUUUUGAGUUCAGGAUAAUCAACCUGGGGAAGCCGCUUAAGUCAUUUGGCACAGCCUCCCUGAACAUACAAUGGCCCAAGGAGAACGCUGUUGGCAAAUGGAUUCUGUAUCUGGUGCGGAUCAGCACAAAUGAAUUGCAGGAAAUUCCUUGCUCUCCAGAAAGUGAAAUCAACCCGCUACGACACAUACAGGCAUCCAACACAUUCCGCAGAAAACGCAGCAUUGAAGAAAAGACCUCAGAUGAAAGAAAAACAUCACUAUCAGCAGAUAAAAGGAAAACUCUGACAUGUGAGAGUGGGGCUAGAUGUGUAGCGAUAAGGUGCCCCCUUCAGGGCCUGGACAGCAAUGCAGUUAUCGUAUUUCGGUCCCGUCUCUGGAACGGCACUUUUCUUGAGGACUAUGCAUCCCUUAGUUACCUUGACCUCAUUGUCAAAGCCUCACUCAGCCUGGAUACUUCUGCCACAAACAUGCUCCUUAAAAAUGCAGAAACUCUGGUGAGACUGACUAUAUUUCCGGAGAAGACGGCGUCCCACUACGGGGGUGUUCCCUGGUGGAUAAUGCUGGUGGCCAUCCUGGCAGGCAUCUUGAUGCUGGCGCUGCUGGUAUUUAUCCUCUGGAAGUGUGGAUUUUUCAAACGCUCCACAUAUGAAGACAGUGUUCCAAGAUACCACGCCAUCCGGAUACGGAAGGAGGAACGCCAGAUUAAGGACGGGAAAACCAAGUUUGAUAGCCUGGAGAAGAAACAGUGGAUGACAACAUGGAAUGAAAAUGAGAGUUACUCAUGAGGUCGGCAACUGGUGGCAUAAAAAACAUGAAAUAAUUCGCCUUUGUAUGCAGUCUGGGUCCUAAGACGUUUCUUUUUUUAUUUUUGCACUGAACCUUCAUUUGUAUAUAUUGAUGAAAGAAAUCAUGGAAAUGUUUGUUUUUCAUUUUGAAUAUUCUUGCAUUUAUGUCAUAAUUCACUGGGCAAGGCAAUGAGGCAUCAAAUAAGUUUCAAUCUUUAGCCACUUCGCUGCUGUAUAUUUACAGAUGUAUUCACAUCUGUAAUGCGGUUGGUUACAGUGCUUUAAAAGAAUCGCAACUUUUUCAUAUCUCUCAUGCUCCUCUUCGAACCUUUUGUAAUGUACAGAAGGAAGCAUUUUGUAUGUUUUGUAUAUAUUUAAAUAUUUUAGUACAAUUCAUAUUUAUUUCGUCAUAAACUGUUAAUGGUUCAUGCAAACAUUGGCCAAAGAUUUGGAAGCUCAUGGAAGAAACAGCAGCUGGCUGGUUUCAACCAUGACCCAUUUUGUUGCUUCAAAGAGUAUUUAGUUGUUCCAUUGAUGUAGUGUAAUGAAGUGUGGAUGGAUCAUUUCAAACAAGGAUUUGUGAAGCAAUCUUAUAUACAAACAGUGAGCAAGGUAAUGAUCACCACCAUCAUCAUCAUCAAGAACAGUACACUGUUACUUCUGAAUGUUUUAUUGUGAAUUUUAUUAUGCAUAAGUGCUUGAAAGAAGACUACUUCUUCAUUUUAAUUCUCUUUGAUGUCAUAUAAGUUUUGUUCCAGCAUGGUCUUUCCAAAAAAUUAUAGAUCAGCUUGCAGCACCUGUUUAGUUUUGCUUUUACACUGUGGAAUCUACAGGAAUCUAAAAUGUGUCUGUGCACUUUCAGUGCAAUAAUCUACCAUGGUCAGAAGAAUUAAAAGCUUUAUUUCUGAGCAAUAUCCAUGAACAAAGUUGCAUUUAAAAAACAAAAUAAAGCAUAACACACAAAAUAUGGUAAUAUCUGGGCUUCACAAAACAUUCCUCGGAUGUUAGAACUUUAGAACUAGGAAUCUUAUUUUAGAUAUUGUAAUGUUGGGGAAACAAAUGUCCAGAAAUAAUUGCAAUUUCUUUAAAGGCUGGCUUGACCAUACUGGGAAAAAUUACUUUUACAUUACAGCAGUAAAGCAGGAAACUUUUUGUCCAACCAUUUUGCUUCCUUUCAGCAUAGAGUUUUAAAUUCUAUCCAUAUAACAAAUGUACGUGUAGAUUCCAAUGAGUUUUAAAAAUGUUUACAUUCCUCGAACCAAUUACACUUGGAGCUAUAGCAUAUUAGAAAACAAUGUUUAUCACUAAAGGGUAAAUUGGUGUGAGGCAACUGUAAAACCAUGUAGUGAUGAGCAUUACUCUAACAAUGAAGAAUGCUAAUAGUAACACAAUUACUUUUCUGUGUGAACGUAUUUGAAAUCUAAAGUCUUACCACUGGCUAUUGUUUGUUUCCAACUAGACACAUUACUGGAGAACACCAAAAAAAUAAAUAAAAAUCCUGUGGAUUUAAAGAUAAUAAAGUAAUAAAAUGUG